CAAUGACGUCACCAUAAAAACCUUUUCAUUUUUUCUCACUUUUUUCACUGCAAUCUUUCGCUGUUGUUGUUGCAAUACUUUCUGUUUAUUGACUAUUUAUGUUUGCGCGGCACGACGAGUCUCCUGGCCGGAUGUGUUGGCUGCAUGGGCGGAAGUUGUAAGCUGAGAAGGAAAGUGUCCAACUUGGCAGAAGGGAAAAAAAGGGGCUGGGGAAUUUGGAAAAAGUUCUAUUAAUGUUGGACUUUUCACGCGUCCUGCAGCUUCUUGGACUUGAAUGUUGGACUUCUGCAUCUUGGACUUCUGCAUCUUGGACUUCUCCAUGUUGUAGUUGUGAAAGUUGUAGUUGUGAAUGUUGUAGUUGUGAAAGUUGUAGUUGUGAAAGUUGUAGUUGUGAAUGUUGUAGUUGUGAAAGUUGUAGUUGUGAAAGUUGUAGUUGUGAAAGUUGUAGUUGUGAAUGUUGUAGUUGUGAAAGUUGUAGUUGUGAAAGUUGUAGUUGUGAAUGUUGUAGUUGUGAAAGUUGUAGUUGUGAAAGUUGUAGUUGUGAGGCGUCCUGCAGCUUGUUUGGUGUCCGCGGGAGGAGAUGUGUUCCUCCGCCACGAGGAUGUUCCUCCGCCGUCACUUGGCGCUGCUCUUGGCCGUCUUCCUGUCGCCGACCCGCGGCUACUUCUCCGAGGAAAGAUCCCCGGAGGAGUCCAGGAUGCAGCCUCCCACCGUGGUGAUCGCCAUCAUCGCCAGGAACGCUGCCCACUCCCUGCCCUACUUCCUGGGGGCCCUGGAGAGGCUGCAUUACCCCAAAGAGCGCAUCUCCGUGUGACUUUGGAUUGGUUCCAGCUGCAACAACACUCCAUGUCUCUCUUUGACUACCCUUGCAUGUGCAGUGAAGACGUUCCAGCUGCAAAAAACUCCUUGAAAAAAGUCCACAAGACGUUGCUCACUGAACUUUCUGUUUUUAUACGACUCAUUCAGAGUGUAUGCCUUAUGCCUUCUCUCAACAUUUGCAAUACAGCCAAAUUAGUUCCAGCUGCAAUAGCACUGCUUGAGGAGAGACCACCAGAAAAUUAUCACUAAGUUUGCUGUUUUUAUACGACUCAUUAAGAGUGCAUGCCGCCCACCUUUACGUACGCCUUCACUCAACAUUUACAAUCACAGUGAAUUAGUUCCAGCUGUGAUAACACUCCAUGAACGGAGACCACCAGAAGUUGCUCACCUUGUUUCCUGUUUCUAUACGACUUAUCCAGAGUGCAUGUCGCCUGUCUUCAGGUACGCCUUCUCUGAACAUUUGCAAUAAAAGUGAAUUAGUUCCAGCCGCAAUAGCACUCCUUUGAGAUGGACUACCAGACGUUGCUCACUGAGUUUCCUAUUUCAGUAUGAGACUCAUUCAGAAUGCAUGCCGCCCACCUUCACGCUCAACAUGUGUAAUAAAAGUGAAUUAGUUCCAGCUGCGAUCACACUCCAUGAACAGAGACUACUAGAAUUUGCUCACCAUUUUUCUUUUUCCAUACGACUCAUCUAGGGUGCAUCCCGCCCGCCUUCACAUACGCCUUCUCUUAUAAUUUGCAAUAAAAGCGAACUAGUUCCAGCUGCAAUUAAACUCCAUGGACAGACACCACCAGAAGUUGCUCACCUUGUUUCCUGUUUCCAUACGACCCACCAAGAGUGCAUGCACGCAGUCCUUCUCUCAACAUUUGCAACAAAAACAAAUUAGUCCCAGCCGCAAUAACACUCCUAGAAGAGAGCGCCCACCAGAACUUGACUGUGUGUGUCUCCCAGGGCAGCCACAGAUCACAAUGCCGACAACACCACAGCCGUGCUGAAGGAGUGGCUGACGGUCAUGCAGAAGUUCUACCACUACGUGGAAUGGAGACCCUCGGAGCGACCCGUGUCCUACGCAGGAGAGCUGGGGCCAAAGCACUGGCCCAACAGUCGCUACGAGUACGUGAUGAAGCUCAAGCAGGCGGCGCUCAACUUUGCCAGGAAGCGCUGGGCCGACUACAUCCUGUACGCAGACGCCGACAACAUCCUGACCAACCCCGACACCCUCAACCUGCUCGUAGCCGAGAACAAGUCCAUCACGGCGCCCAUGUUGGACUCUCAGGGCGCUUACUCCAACUACUGGUGUGGCAUAACCCCACAGGGUUAUUACCGGAGGACGGCGGAGUAUUUCCCCACCCGCCACCGCCAGCGCCUGGGCUGCCUCCCCGUGCCCAUGGUGCACUCCACCAUGCUGCUGGACCUGAGGAAGGAGGGCAUGAAGAAGCUGGCCUUCUACCCGCCUCACAAGGAGUACUCCUGGCCCUACGACGACAUCAUCGUCUUUGCCUUCUCCUGCCGCGCCGCAGCCGUCCAGAUGUUCCUGUGCAACAAGGAGCGCUACGGCUACCUCAACGUGCCCGCUAAACCUCAGCACACGCUGGAGGACGACCGCCUCAACUUUGUACACCUGCACCUGGACUCCCUCAUCGACGGUCCUCCCAUGAUGCCUUCACGCUACGUCCACCUGUCCCCCAAGCACCGAGACCUGAUGGGCUUUGACGAGAUUUACUUGAUCAACUUACGGCGACGCCCUGACCGCAGAAACAGGAUGUUGAUGUCUCUCAACCAACUGGAAGUGGACGUCAAAGUGGUAGAUGCUGUGGACGGCAAUGCAUUAAACAGCAGUGCCAUCAAGAUCCUGGGCGUGGACUUGCUGCCAGGUUACUACGAUCCCUUCUCUGGACGCACGCUGACCAAAGGGGAGGUGGGAUGUUUCCUCAGUCACUUCUACAUCUGGAAGGAGAUGGUGGACAUGCAGCUGGACAAAGCGUUGGUGUUUGAGGACGACGUUCGCUUUCAGGCCAACUUCAAGCGGCGAGUGCUGAGACUGAUGGAGGAGGUGGAGCAGGUGGAGCUGGACUGGGACCUCAUAUACUUUGGCAGGAAGCAGGUGAACCCCGCCAAGGAGGAGGCGCUGGACCACGUGAAGAACUUGGUGACGGUGGACUACUCCUACUGGACCUUGUCCUACGCCAUCUCGCUGCAGGGCGCCCAGAAACUCAUCAACGCCCAGCCGCUCGCCAAGAUGCUGCCUGUCGACGAAUUCCUGCCCAUCAUGUACGACAAACACCCCAACGAGGACUACAAGGCGCACUUCCCCAACAGGAACCUGCAGGCCUUCAGCACACGCCCCCUGCUGGUGCAGCCCGCCCACUACGCCGGCGACGCCCAGUGGGUGAGCGACACCGAGACGUCGACGCUGUGGGACGACGACGACGUUCGCACCGACUGGCGCGGCUCCCACAAGACCCUGAAGGGGGCGGUGUCCCCGCCAGAGGUCAUGUCGGCCGCCUACAGGGACGAACUUUAGGGCGUGUGGGGGCGUGGCCUCACGCUGAGCGUCAUGUGACCCAAAAUGGAUUGUGACACAAAUCUUCUUCUCAUCCAUAACCACACCCACUUUCUUCCUGUCCUCAUCGCCACACCCACUUUGUUGAUGUCAACAUCACCACACCCACUUUGUUGGUGUCAACAUCACCACACCCACUUUGUUGGUGUCAACAUCACCACACCCACUUUGUUGAUGUCAACAUCACCACACCCACUUUGUUGGUGUCAACAUCACCACACCCACUUUGUUGGUGUCAACAUCACUACACCCACUGUGUUGGUGUCAACAUCACCACACCCACUGUGUUGGUGUCAACAUCACCACACCCACUUUCUUCCUGUCCUCAUCGCCACACUCACUUUGUUGAUGUCAACAUCACCACACCCACUUUCUUCCUGUCCUAGUCACCACACCCACUUUGUUGAUGUCAACAUCACCACACCAACUUUCUUCCUGUCCUCAUCGCCACACCCACUUUGUUGGUGUCCUCAUCACCGCACCCACUUUCUUCCUGUCCUCGUCACCACACCUACUUUGUUGAUGUCAAAAUCA